AGGGGCGUGUUCGCUUCGCGCUGCCCAGACAGCGCUGACAGCACGCAGACAGACAGAGAGCAGGAGGAGGAAAGCAGAAGAGAGAAGAGGGGAGGAGAAAGGAAGAAAGAGGAGAGGAGAGAGGGGAGGAGUGCUGGAAGGCAGUGGACGGAGAAACAUGUCAGCGCCUGAUGGCAAGAAGCUGGUUCGCAGUCCAAGCGGACUCCGGAUGAUUCCUGAGAAUGGAGCAUUCACCAGCCCAUUCUCCCUGGCAGAGCCGCAGUGGGUGCCCGACAAAGAGUGCUCCAGAUGUAUGCAGUGCGAGGCCAAGUUUGAUUUCAUCACACGGAAGCACCACUGUCGGCGUUGUGGCCGCUGCUUCUGCGAUAAGUGCUGCAGCCAGAAGGUGGCGCUGGAGAGGAUGUGUUUUGUGGACCCUGUAAGGCAGUGCAGCCAAUGCAGCCAAACCUCACACAGAGAAGCAGACUUCUACGACAGACAACUACGCGUACUGAUGGGGGGCGGGACCUUCCAGGUGACUGCCGACUCUUCUGACCAAUCAGAUGUGAUGACGUGCCGACUGUCCAACAACCACAGGUAUCUGUUUGUGGACGGGGAGAGACGGCAUCUUGAAGUGGAGCUGUCUCGCAUCAGCAGCAUCCAGAUCCUCACAGAGGCCUCCACACCCGGAGGGGGCUCGUCCCGUGUGUGUGGGAUGGUGCUCCACUAUCGUCCACCUGGUUGCCAAGACAACCUGCAGCUGCGACUGGAAGCCAACGGAGACGACCGCAAGACCCCAUCAGCCUGGCUACACGCCAUGCACAAGGCCAUCAAAUUCAUCUACGAAUCCAGAGACCAAUGACAAGAUUACACUGCCACGAACACACACACACACACACACACACACACACACACACACACACACACACUGCCACGCAUGACCACACUGCCCUGCACAGCCCCACACCAGAGUGAGAGAGACACACACCGACACACACCUGUGGACGAGAGACACACACACCUGUGGACAAGAGAGUGACGGAGGAUCUGAAGACCAAGGCAAACCUGCAGGGGACCUGGCGUGUGUGUGUGUGUGUGUGUGCGUGUGUGUGUGUGUGUGUGUGUGUGUGUGUGUGUGUGUGUGUGUGUUUGUAUUUGAGAGUGCAUGUCUUGCACUUGCACAGGCAGCUGUCUUGCUACUCUGCUCUGUGUGUGUGUGUGUAUGUGUGUAUGUGUGUGUGUGUGUGUGUGUGUGUGUGUGUGUGUGUGUGUGUGUGUGUGUGUGUAUCUGUUCAUGCAUGACCGUAUGUACCUGCAAGAGUGUUUGUGUUUGUGUGUGCGUGUGCGUGCGUGUGUGUGUGUGUGUGUGCACCUUGUGCAUGCCGUGUAGCCAUGCAUCCUUGAGUGGGCAUUGAAGUGUGAAUGUGGAAUCUUCUCUGGUGUGUGUGUGUGUGUGUGUUUUCUCUUGUCACGCUGCCACCUCCUUUUGUCCAGUUAGCACGUCUAACACACACACAUACACACACACACACACACAAACACACAAACACACUACAGCUUUAUGACACUACAUUAAUGUUUCCUUGUGUGUACAUUGUGUUGGUUACCCCCCCUCCCCUCCCCCCUCUUGUAAAUAUCCUUUAUUAUUCCUAUAUGGCUAUAUUGUUAUCUUUAUUAUUCCUGUAUGGCUAUAUUGUUAUCUUAAUGUAUCUGCUUUUGUAUACAGUCUCGUAUUACUACAUGUUUUUUCUACUCUACUCACCUCAGCAACUAGUGCACUCAAGCACAUACACACACACGCACACACACACACGCGCGCGCGCGCACACACACACGCACACACGCGCGCACACACACACACUUAUGCCAGUGACGCAUGCAUACGAAUUUGGCCAAGCGAACUUCGCCAUUCAUUCCUAUGAGGGAGGCGGUGGCAAGCGAACAGGAGCGAAACUAUUCGACCAGGUUUAAUAUUAUGCAAAUGAGGAGCGAAUUUCAGAAAUGACAUCUAUGGUGGCGGCCAAUCGAAUCAACAUCAUAACUGUUUCAUUCCAUUUGAUUCGCCGCGACAAACCUGAUGACGGUUGAGCUGUCAGAAUGGAACACUGAUCUUCGUCUCGCUGGUUUCGCCUCUUCGCUCGUUUGGCCUGCAUGUGUCCCUAGCGUUAGGCAGAGGGUGCGUUCCAAUAUGCGACCUUGCGUCCUCCACUUGUGCUCGUGGCCACGUACCAGGAAGUAAUGUGUCGUGGUGACAUCACUGACCACAGCAUUUUAUUUCAAUAUCUCGCAGAAGCUCAAUUGUAAAAUCAUUUCCUCAUGUGAGAAUUUGGUGGUGAAUGAAAAACAGUCCCUCGAAAGUUGUUUGUGGCUUGGCUGACAGCUGGGAAACUCUAUUGUUUUCUCCACGGAGGCGGGGCGAGGCCACAAACACCCUGUGGAGGACGCAAGGUUGCAUAUUGGAACGCACCCAAAGCCCUCUGUUGGAACUCCUGACUCUGCGCUGCUGCUGUUCUCAGGUGUGUGGGAGUGCCCCCCCUGCUGUUCAAAGCAGGUAGUACCAAAAAGGAGCUGGAGUCCAGUACAAGGUGUUGACCUCCCAUACACACAAUACUGUACUGUGGCAAAGCCCAUUGGUGUUGGGGUGUGUGUGUGUGUGUGUGUGUGUGUGUGUGUGUGUGUGUGUGUGUGUGUGUGUGUGUGUGUGUGUGAUAUAUCACCAAAAGCCCUUGUAUCUUUCUUGCCCUUGUUGUAUUUUGUAUUUGUGUGUGUGUGUGUGUGUAUUUGUGUGUGUGCGUUAUUCCCACUGAAGGACCUUACAAAGACACAGUUGCCACAUGUGUUAAACCCAUGCCUGUUAACCUGACGUGUGUGUGUGCGUGUGUGUGUGUGUCCAGCUAAACAUGCUGAUUUGAAGGGCUACGUGCACCCUCCUAAACUCACAACUCCCCCCCACCACCACCACCACCACUGUUUCUCAAACUCAGUCCUACAGCCCUGAAGAGUAUGCGUGUGUGUGUGUGUGCAUGCGUGCGCGUGCCUAUGAUGAUGCUGAUGUCUGUUUCUAUGACGACCGCGUGGUUGCCAUUACGUUGCCCAGUGUGAUUACCCAGGAGGCCUUGCUGUCACACACACACACACGUACACACA